GUCGGGAAAAAAAAUCAAAACAGAGGAGACAAACGAUCCCGCUUCAAAGCCUCCACUUUUAUAGGAAACUCUCUCUUGUCUUCUUUCUCCUCUCAAUCUCUUCUCAAUCCCCAAAUCUCAGUUCUUCGAAUCCCACGAACAAUCAAAAUAUUCCUGGAUUCGAAGACCCAAACCCUAAUUUUUUAAAAAUCGAAACUUUCGAUUUUUUUUUUCUAACAAUGGGGAAGGAGAAGAAAACAGAGUCGUAUAACAACGACAGCGGUAGUUACAAUUACAAGAUGUUCAAAUGUUUCAACCGUAAGUUCAAGAUCAACGAAGUCACACCCACCGACGACGUCCGCGACGCUUUCUGCCAAUUCGCCGUCUCCAAUGGCGGAGGAAGCGUCGACGGAGAUUCGAGCGACGGAGACGGAUCAUCCGGCGUAAUGGGCGCAGAGCAGCUCUGUUCUUUCCUCGAUGACCAUCAAGGCGAAACAGGAACCACCGUCGAGGAGGCUCAACGUUUGAUCGACGAGGUUAUACGACGUAGACACCACGUCACGCGUUUCACCCGUCACGGCCUUGAUCUCGACGAUUUCUUCAACGUCCUCUUCUACGAAGAUCUCAACCCUCCCAUUACCCCUCACGUGCAUCAAGACAUGACAGCUCCAUUGUCACAUUACUUUAUAUACACAGGACACAAUUCGUAUCUUACAGGGAAUCAACUAAGCAGCGAUUGUAGCGAAGUCCCUGUCAUCAAAGCCUUGCAAAGAGGUGUUCGAGUCAUCGAGCUUGAUCUUUGGCCUAACUCUACUGGAACAGAUAUCAAUGUCCUUCACGGAAGAACGCUUACAACGCCUGUACCGCUGAUCAUAUGCUUGAAAUCGAUAAGAGAUCACGCGUUUUUUAGCCCGCCUUAUCCGGUUAUCAUCACUUUAGAGGAUCAUCUUACAUCUGAUCUUCAAGCCAAAGUUGCUGAGAUGGCUACGCAGAUUUUUGGGCAGAUGUUGUAUUACCCUGAAUCAGAUAGCUUAUCGGAGUUUCCUGCUCCUGCUUCAUUGCUUCAUCGGAUAAUCAUCUCAACCAAACCGCCUAAAGAGUAUCUCGAAUCGAGGAACCCGAUCGUUAAACAGAAGGAUAAUGUAUCUCCAUCGUCCGAGGACGAAACACCUAGAACAGAGGAGGUACAGACACUAGAGAGUAUGUUGUUUGACCAAGAUUGUGAAAGCAAGAGUGAUAGUGAUCAAGAGGAUGAAGAAGCUAGUGAAGAUCAGAAACCGGCAUACAAACGGUUGAUCACUAUUCACGCCGGGAAACCAAAGGGAGCGGUGAAAGAAGAGAUGAAAGCUGUGGUUGAUAAAGUGAGACGUUUGAGUUUAAGCGAGCAGGAACUUGACAGGACUUGUUCAUCCAAUAGUCAGGAUGUUGUAAGGUUUACACAGCGGAAUUUGCUUCGGAUAUACCCAAAAGGGACAAGAUUUAAGUCCUCCAACUACAAACCGCUUAUCGGUUGGACUCAUGGAGCGCAAAUGAUUGCAUUCAACAUGCAGGGGUAUGGGAAAUCUCUGUGGUUGAUGCACGGCAUGUUUAGAGCCAAUGGAGGUUGUGGUUAUGUCAAGAAACCUAACUUCUUGAUGAAGAAAGGGUUUCACGACGAAGUCUUUGACCCUAGGAAGAAACUCCCUGUGAAAGAAACGUUAAAGGUGAAAGUGUAUAUGGGAGAUGGAUGGCGUAUGGACUUUAGUCACACUCACUUUGACGCAUAUUCUCCUCCUGAUUUCUACACUAAGAUGUUUAUAGUGGGUGUACCAGCGGAUAACACGAAAAGGAAGACAAAAAUAAUCGAAGACAACUGGUACCCAAUUUGGGAUGAGGAAUUCAGUUUCCCAUUGACCGUUCCAGAGCUUGCAUUGCUUAGGAUCGAAGUAAGAGAGUAUGAUAUGUCGGAGAAGGAUGAUUUUGGGGGACAAACAUGCUUGCCUGUUUCAGAAUUAAGACCGGGGAUUCGAUCUGUGCCUUUGUAUGAUAAGAAGGGUGAGAAAAUGAAAUCAGUACGGCUUCUUAUGCGUUUCAUCUUCGAAUGAUUUGGCUUAAUAGAAAUGUGUGUCUCUGAGAAAGGAUCUGCACCAUUUCAAAAAGGAUUUGAGAUAUUGUAUAAUGUAGCUUGAAUGAUCGAAUUGAUCUUCGCUCUGAUAUCUCCAAAAGUGUAUUUACCUACCAUAUUGAAGAAAAUAUAAUUUAUAUAGAGGCUAUAUAUUUUUUUCAGUAUGUAAAAUCUAAUGUAAGAUGAUUAUCCAUAUAUACUUGCAAGUUUUUCAUAAUUGAGAUGUACAUAAA